CAACUUCCUUUCCUUUCUCUACACCAUCCUUCCCCUUCCUAGAGUUAAAGCCUCUGUUUUUUCUCUGUUUUUUCUGCAGUGAGAGAAUGGCUGUAGUUAGUUUCACCUGCAUUGUGUCUCUUAUAUCCCUAAUGUGGGUAGCUGAAGCAAGAAUCCCUGGAGUUUACAGUGGAGGUUCAUGGCAGAAUGCUCAUGCUACCUUCUAUGGAGGAUCUGAUGCUUCUGGCACCAUGGGAGGGGCUUGUGGAUAUGGAAAUCUCUACAGUCAGGGCUACGGCGUUAACACGGCCGCACUAAGCACUGCCCUUUUCAACAACGGUCUUAGCUGCGGCGCGUGCUUCGAAAUCAAGUGCGCCAAUGACAAGCAAUGGUGCCAUUCUGGAAGCCCUUCCAUCUUCGUCACGGCGACCAACUUCUGCCCGCCAAACUACGCCCUCCCCAACGACAAUGGCGGCUGGUGCAACCCUCCCCGCUCCCACUUCGACCUCGCCAUGCCCAUGUUCCUCAAGAUCGCCGAGUACCGCGCUGGCAUCGUCCCCGUCUCCUACCGCCGGGUGCCAUGCCGGAAGAAGGGAGGAAUAAGGUUCACGAUUAACGGUUUCCGUUAUUUCAACUUGGUUUUGAUCACCAACGUGGCGGGUGCAGGGGAUAUCGUGAGGGCGCACGUGAAGGGGGCGAGGACUGGGUGGAUGAGCAUGAGCAGGAACUGGGGUCAGAACUGGCAGUCAAACGCGGUGCUGGUUGGACAGUCACUGUCGUUCAGGGUGACAGGCAGUGACAGACGCACCUCCACCUCGUGGAACAUCGUUCCCGCGCAUUGGCAGUUCGGUCAAACAUUCACGGGAAAGAAUUUCAGAGUUUGAUGGAAGAUAUUUAUUAUAUAUAUAUAUAUAUAUGAUUUGGACAUCAAAUGUCCGAAAAUUUAACCCCAAAUUACGUAAAAAAAAAAAACAAUGCAAGUUUCCCGCCAGAUCAUUUUGCAGUUUUAUGUUUUUGGCGCCAAAGGUUUUUGCUUGGGAGAAUGUGGGAGUGGUUUUUAAUGUUAUUGUUAUUAUUGUUAUUAUAUAUUAAGGUUUAAGUUAGAAGGGAAGGAGAAAUGGAAGUGUUACUGACUUUUUUCUCUUUUUUCUUUUUUUUAAUAUUUUGGAUUGGUGGGUUUUGUUUUGUUGUGUGAAGUUUAGUUAGGGUUAAGGGAAAGGGGGGUGGGAGGAGAAGAGUUGUAGGGAAGGGGCUGAAGCGGCUGAAGGACAUUGUAGCCCGCAGCCCUAUGAAAAAAAAAUGAAUAUAUUGGAGAAGGUGAAAGUAUUUGUGGUAACUUAUGGUUGAAUGAAUUUGGAUAUAAUUA